AUGCGAGCUCUUUUGGCUAGCCGUCUGCUCUUCGAAGCCAUGGGUACUUUUCCCGGGUCCAAGGCCCACAUGGGCCCUUCUACUUCUGUGGGCCGUGUCUCACGGCGAGAUGAGGUACAUCUCUACUUCGGGAGAGACAGAGAGGCCACGGUUUUGCCAAAGAGCUCUACCUGCACUGGGGCCAUCAGCUGCUGGGAGAUUUUUAAAUGGCACCCGCCCUUCCAGUGCCUUGUUCGGGAAGAUCGUGGGCUGCUGCUGCAGUUGAGCUGCAGACGCGGGGCAGUAUGUCUACAGCCUGCCGGGGAGCUGACCCCUUGCAGUCAACCACUGUGGCGGCAGCCGAAAGCGAGCUCAUGCGUGGCCCUUUGA